AUGCAUACCCAGAGUCAGCAGCAGACUGUCUCCGACGGUGGCCAGCCAGCCAGCCAAAACGGACAAUUUUUGCACAACAGUCACGGUCCUUGCGCUCCAACCCAUCAGCAGGGCAAUCGUCCCGAUCUGUCAUCUCUUCUCAGUGGUCUGAACCUUCAGAACCAGGUGCCUGGCCAUAAUAAGUUUAAUACUGUAAAUGGAAACUUGCCAGUGUCCAUGCCUCCACCUUUGGAAAUGGCUGGCUCUCAUCGUUCUCCGUACAAGAACCAGCUUGUUCUCCUCCCUAAUGGAACUGUCUUUGGGGGUAUUCCUCCUGUCUCUCAGGUCCCCCCUUUCCCUCCAACCUCUCUUCCUGGACAUGACCAAGUGGGCCAAUUCCCGUUUCUGCCGAGCAACAUCUAUCCAAACCUCACUCCUGGAUGCCCGGUAGUUCCAGCAGCCAUGCCCGGGUAUCCUUUCCCUUAUCUGGUGAACUGUGACAUGCCGGAUCUGACCGGCCAAAAGAGGAGCCACUGGAUUGCUAACGAUGAACAGAAGGGGGCGGGCAUCUCUGUUUCUGACGGUGGCAAUCACAGUGAAUACUUUCCCACUGUUUCAGGAAUUGAUGGCACUUCCAUGACAAAUUAUGGGCUGAACGGUAUGACCCAGCCAGCGCAGGGAUGUCUGCAGUUUCAGAUGAUGAAAACACCGACUGGCUAUAUUUUGCAAGAUCUCGAGAGCCUAGUCCAGCAAGAACCUGUGAUUCCCAGAGCUGUGCCUGCGAUGUGGACUAAUCCCACAGACUUGACUCUUGCCAAAUGCCUUGAGAAUCGCGAGGGGAUCACCAACGUCUAUAUUAGAGGGUUUCUUCCUGAAACGACCGACGAGAUGCUGAAUUCUUAUGCAUCCCGCUUUGGAAAAAUCGAUCGAUGUAAGGCUAUUGUCGAUCUAGAGACUGGACUUUGCAAAGGGUUCGGCUUCGUCCAAUACUUCAACUUCGAAUCCUGUGAGAACUGCAUCCGAGGUUUUUUCUAUCUGGGCUACCAGGCCAGUUUCGCUCAGAAAUCUCGCAAUUCUCGUCUGAAAGACCUUGAAGACAAGUUGUCAACCAACAUCUACUGCACCAAUAUUCCAAUCGAUUGGACUGAAGCUGACCUUCGCCGCCAUUUCGAGCCCUAUCGCGUAGUGUCUGAGAAGAUUAGCCGCGAUGAAAAGACGGGAGUUAGCAAGGAAGUUGGGUUUGCUCGAUUUGAAACACGUGAGAUUGCAGAAAAGGUCCUGUCAGAAUUCCAUAACAUCGUGGGUGAGGAUGGAGUGAAACUACUGCUCCGAUUUGCGGACACCAAAGCGCAAAAGCUACUCAAACAGCAAAGCAACGAGCGUCGUGCCUAUCGUGCUGGAGAGUACAACUACUCGGUCGAGGUCGUCCAGGGGUCAACUCCUUCUCCUUCUCUUCAUCGUUUGCAACAAACAGUCUCCCACCUCAGCCCAAACUCUCAGGUCAGUUACGUGUCUCCAGCCGGGGUGGGAUCUAGCUGGACUCCUGCGACAUCCAUCUCACCAUCGCUUCCUCUGGUGAAGAACCCGGUCGAUAACAUGCGGUUUAACUCAUGGUCCUCUAAAAACAGCCCUGUUGCGCUUGAUGGUACUCCGAUUUACCGUGGGCGACUUGCACUUGCGAAUCGCAGCAAUUGGAAUGAAACCAUGUCCGGUGGCUCAUCGAAGACAAAUUCGUCCAAGACGGUUCUCCCUAGCACUCCUUGUGUCGGGCCUCGUUCUGAAAGAUCCAGUCCUCGUAAAGAGAAUAUCAAAGCCGGAUCUCUGUCACCCAUGUCCUCGCGCAAGGAGGUCAUUGUGAAUUCUCCACGAUCCGUCAUCUGA